GUGGGUCGGGAGUGAUCGAUCAGUUGGAGAAGCGAGUCGUAAGAGUAGAACGCAAGGCCACCAUGACCAAGAUCAAGAUUUCGGGGGACCAGAAGCCCCGCGCCGACGAGGCGAAAAUUGUCAUAGUCAGCCCCGCCGAGACGGCCGACAAACGCACCACCAUGACAGUGCAGAUGCGAAGCCUCAUGACGAAAUACUCCACCAUUAUGUUUGCCUUUAGCUGGCUAAUGCUUCUGCUAUUAAUGGUCAUCACAAUAACGUACUCGGGUAUUUUCAACUAUAUUCAAAUCAAGGUCUACAUCAACAAAUACUUCAAUGUCUCCCAGCCUCAAAAUUCAACACAACAGACCUCGCUCAUGACCGAAACUCGAAGAAUCCCUUACGCGCUAUCUGACGAAUUCAUUCAAUACGUCAACGAUAAGACUGAUAGUUGGGAGGCGGGUCGCAACUUCCCCACCUCGACGUCCAUGCGCGUGCUCAGGAGGAUGAUGGGGGUCAAGGAGGAAAGUCAAUUUCAAGGCUCUUCUUCUGCAAACAAACUCCCAUUGAAAGUCGCCAGCGGUAAUAUCUCCGACCUCGGACGGCUCAAGCUGCGCGCCGAUGUUACCGGCCUGACAGGUAGUGACUCCCUCUAG